UGUACCCCGCCGGCCGCCGGGCGGAGAGUCUGUCGCACACACCCCCUCCGCCCCGCGCGCCGCCAGUUCCCAGCCGACGACGCCUCCGCUCCCCGCCCGCCGGGCUGUGCCGGCUCCGACUCCGGGAGGGGUCGGGGGUCCCGGAUGGCCGCGGCGGGGUCCCGGAGGCCAAGCGUGUGAGCCAACGGGCGUCAUGGAGGCAGAACCGCGGCCGACAACGACGCGGACCAGCGACGGAGUGACCCCCGGGCUGGAGGCGGCACCCCCCGCUGUCCCGGCGCCGGCGACCGCGGCGGCAGGUCCGAUCCCCGGCUCCGGCUCCGGGCCCGAGCCCAAGAGGAGGCAGCUUGGGACGCUACUCCAGCCCACGGUCAACAAGUUCUCCCUUCGCGUCUUCGGCAGCCACAAAGCGGUGGAGAUCGAGCAGGAGCGGGUCAAGUCCGCGGGGGCUUGGAUCAUCCACCCCUACAGCGACUUCCGGUUUUACUGGGACCUGAUCAUGCUCCUGCUGAUGGUGGGGAAUCUCAUUGUGCUGCCUGUGGGCAUCACCUUCUUCAAGGAGGAGAACUCCCCGCCUUGGAUUGUCUUCAAUGUCCUCUCUGAUACCUUCUUCCUGCUGGAUCUGGUGCUCAACUUCCGCACAGGCAUCGUGGUUGAGGAGGGGGCUGAGAUACUGCUGGCCCCAAGAGCCAUCCGCACACGCUAUCUUCGCACCUGGUUCCUGGUGGACCUCAUCUCCUCCAUCCCCGUGGAUUACAUCUUCCUAGUGGUGGAGCUUGAGCCACGGUUGGAUGCCGAGGUCUACAAAACGGCGCGAGCACUGCGCAUCGUGCGUUUCACCAAGAUCCUCAGCCUGCUUCGGCUGCUCCGCCUCUCCCGCCUCAUCCGCUACAUCCACCAGUGGGAGGAGAUCUUUCACAUGACCUACGACCUGGCGAGCGCUGUGGUGCGCAUCUUCAACCUCAUCGGCAUGAUGCUGCUGCUGUGCCACUGGGAUGGCUGCCUACAGUUCCUGGUGCCCAUGCUGCAGGACUUCCCCUCGGACUGCUGGGUGUCCAUCAGCCACAUGGUGAACCACUCGUGGGGCCGCCAGUACUCCCACGCCCUAUUCAAGGCCAUGAGCCACAUGCUGUGCAUCGGCUAUGGGCAGCAGGCGCCAGUGGGCAUGCCGGAUGUGUGGCUUACCAUGCUUAGCAUGAUUGUGGGUGCCACAUGCUACGCCAUGUUCAUCGGCCACGCAACUGCACUCAUCCAGUCCCUGGACUCCUCGAGGCGCCAGUACCAGGAGAAGUACAAGCAGGUGGAGCAGUACAUGUCCUUCCACAAGCUGCCCGCGGACACGCGGCAACGCAUCCAUGAGUACUACGAGCACCGCUACCAGGGCAAGAUGUUUGAUGAGGAGAGCAUCCUGGGGGAGCUGAGUGAGCCGCUGCGUGAGGAGAUCAUAAACUUCACAUGCCGUGGACUGGUGGCACACAUGCCGCUCUUCGCUCACGCCGAUCCCAGCUUCGUCACGGCUGUGCUCACCAAGUUGCGCUUCGAGGUCUUCCAGCCGGGUGACCUGGUGGUGCGCGAAGGCUCGGUGGGCAGGAAGAUGUACUUCAUCCAACACGGGCUGCUCAGCGUGCUGGCGCGGGGUGCCCGUGACACCCGCCUCACAGACGGAUCCUACUUUGGGGAGAUCUGCCUGCUGACCCGGGGCCGGCGCACUGCCAGCGUGCGGGCGGACACCUACUGCCGCCUCUACUCACUCAGUGUGGACCAUUUCAAUGCCGUGCUGGAGGAGUUCCCCAUGAUGCGCCGGGCCUUCGAGACUGUGGCCAUGGAUCGACUGCGCCGUAUCGGCAAGAAGAACUCUGUGCUGCAGCGGAAGCACUCCGAGCCCAGUCCGGGCAGCAGCGGGGGCCUCAUGGAGCAGCACCUGGUGCAGCAUGACCGGGACAUGGCCCGGGGUAUCUGCGGCCUGGCCCCGGGCACGGGUGCGCGACUCAGCGGGAAGCCGGUGCUGUGGGAGCCCCUGGUGCAUGCACCCCUGCAAGCAGCCGCCGUCACCUCCAACGUGGCCAUUGCGCUGACACACCAGCGGGGCUCUCUGCCCCUUUCCCCUGACUCUCCGGCCACUCUCCUGGCUCGCUCCACCCGGCUCUCAGUGGGCUCCCCGGCCUCCCCGCUGGUGCCUGUCCGCGCAGGCCCUCUGCUGGCCCGGGGACCAUGGGCGUCCACCUCCCGCUUGCCCGCCCUGCCUGCUCGCACCCUCCACGCCAGCCUGUCCCGAGCUGGGCGUUCACAGGUGUCCCUGCUGGGGCCCCCCCCUGGUGGGGGCGCGAGGCGGCUGGGACCCCGGGGAAGACCUCUCUCAGCCUCCCAGCCCUCUCUGCCUCAGCGAGCAGCAGGGGAUGGGUCUCCGGGCCGGAAGGGCUCUGGAAGCGAGCGCCUGCCCCCCUCAGGGCUGCUGGCCAAGCCUCCAGGGACAGCCCAGAUCCCCCGGCCACCAGUGCCGGAACUGGCCACUCCCCGGGGCCCUCAGCUCUCUGCCAACAUGUGAACCCCUGUGGGUAUGCUCUUGGGAGCAGUCAUGUGCCCCGGGGUGCCACCUCUUGGGGAAGCCCAGGGGAUGUGAGACACUGCCCUCAGGACGCCUCCCUGGACUGCUGAGGGCUCUGCGCCUGCCCCUUGCACAGGCCCCUGCGGCCAGCCUGACGCCCCGAUCCAUUCACUGAGCCCGCGCCAGGCGCUGUACGUCCGUUUCCACUGCCAAGUAGAAGUGACUCCUAACUCCUACUAGGGUGUCCCUCAGCCAGGCCUGGGCCCCUGGUCCCACCUCACAAAGCACAAGAAUCUGCCACCACCAUCACUGCCAAGUCACCAGGUGUCUGCUUCCCUGUCGUGAUCAUGCAGGUCCUGCCGCGUGACUUCCCUGUCCUCCCUCUAGCAUCACUAGGCACAGCCAGUUGCCAGUGUCCCCACUGCCAUCACAAAUGUCCUGGGCUCUGAGUGUUCACCUUCACUGCCAUGUGUGGGUCCCCUUGUUCUCUGUCUCAGAGGUAGAAUUGUCAUUUUGUAUACCAGAGCCACUGUGUUCCCGUGCCCCUGCCCAUAGUGUCCUCCUUUGGAGCAAAGGGAGGGUUGUCAUCUCCUUCUUUAGCGUGCCAUCAGUGGUGGUGGGGCGAGUGAACCCCUCAAUGGCAUUUUUAUCCUUUCUUCCCUGUUUAAUCAUCUAAAAACUGUAUUGAUUUAUUUACUCAU